UGGAAAAAUAAUUCGCACAAUUUGCAUUAUUUUCUUAGAAAAUUCCAAAUUAAUACGUAGAAGAAAAAAAAAAGUUGGAAAAUUCCAGAUAAAAAUAAAGGAAUCUUCUCACCAUCAACAAGAGAGAGGAACUUUGGUUGAGUGUCCCUUUUUUUUGCUAUUUCUUGACGUCAACCUCUCUUCUUCCUCUUCCUUCUUUCAAGUCCUAAUUCUAAUCAAAACCCUAAUUGAACGAUCACAAAAAUCUCCAUCACAACCAAAUAAUCACUUCUCUUUUGCAAAUUUUGAUCAAUUAACAACUAUGGCAACCAGUGGAAACAAGAAUAUGAACGCCAAAUUGGUGCUUCUUGGAGAUGUUGGAGCUGGAAAAUCUAGUCUAGUUCUGCGUUUUGUUAAAGGACAAUUUAUUGAAUUUCAGGAAUCAACUAUUGGUGCCGCAUUUUUCUCCCAAACAGUAGCAGUAAAUGAUGCAACUGUAAAAUUUGAAAUAUGGGACACAGCAGGCCAAGAGAGAUACCACAGUCUUGCUCCAAUGUACUAUAGAGGAGCUGCGGCUGCUAUAAUUGUUUUUGAUAUCACAAAUCAAGCAUCAUUUGAUAGAGCAAAAAAGUGGGUUCAGGAGCUUCAGGCACAAGGUAAUCCAAAUAUGGUGAUGGCACUUGCGGGGAAUAAGGCAGAUUUGUUAGAUGCAAGAAAAGUGGCUGCAGAGGAAGCACAAACAUAUGCCCAGGAGAAUGGUCUUUUCUUCAUGGAAACAUCUGCAAAAACUGCAUCUAAUGUUAAUGACAUUUUCUAUGAAAUAGCAAAUAGACUGCCUCGGCUUCAGCCAGCACAAAAUCCAUCUGGGAUGGUUCUUAUGGAUAGGCCUGCUCAAACACCGGCUAGUGCUUCUUGUUGCUCUUAAAUGUCUAUUAGUGCUUCUCAUUACAAUGCUGUUUUUUGUUUAAUGUGUUUGUGCUGAUUGUUAAGAGUUUGUUGUGCCAUUUCUCCAUCAUUGUACAGAUAUUUCAUGAAAAAUUCUUCAAGAUGAUUUGACUCUUUUCUUUGAAUCCUCCCUAUGUAAUGAGAUUCUAUAUAUGACAUGCUUGAGUGGUGCUAUUAAACAAUA